AGAGUUCGAAUUUUUUAACGUAACCUCACUUUACCAGCGAUUGUCCGAUUGCCGUUUGGUAAUUUUCCUUUAAAGUAAAAUGAAUUUUCAACGCUUAAGUGCAUGGUUUCUCAAAGAUUCGGGGAAACAAUUUGUGUUUGGCUGUGCAGUUGCCACCUCUAUCGGGAUAGGAUGUCUUCAAGUGCUUCCGAAUACUUUCCUCUUGGACAAAUACAUGGAAAUUGUUCGCCUAUAUCAAAAUGGUUUUACAGUUCCUCUCCCAAGACCACUGCUAGAACGGUUUAAGAAGGCAAUGGAUUUACUAGAGAUCGAGGAAGUUGACAAAAAGCAGUUUCAACCGUUCAUGGGAUGUGGUUUUGAUAUCUUUAGUAGAGGAACGAGCUACAGUCAAUUCGGUGCAGUAAUCGGUUUACCCAUCAAUUACACUUACAUCGAUGAAGAUCAUAUAGAAAAAUCGAGAAUCAAGGUUUUAGAUCAUUCAGUGGCGUGGGAGACUGAUGACGGUGAACGUUUGUUGAGAUCAUUAAUUGUCUCUGAAAAUGCCCAGAUAUACGCAAUCGCUCGAGAAAUCAAAAUGAGGCAAACUCCGAAGUAUUUCAUUGAUUUAAUCUCGUCAAUGGGAAUGUUUAUGGGCAUGUAUUCAGUUGGCAAUCACAUGAAUAAUAAGUACAACUUAUACGCCAAGUCGCGCGGUGUACGGUUGAUUUUAUAUGGAUUACUCGGUUCGUUCGCUCUUGUAAGUUAUCUUUUUAUCAAAGAUGCGAAUCAGGUUUUCUUUGAGAAUAAAAUCGAUACGUUCUUAAAGAACAAGAGCCCAGUUUUUCAAGAAGGCGGUAAAGAAUUUUAUGACAGUAUUUUAAAUAGGAAUAUUGCCUUGCGUUCAAUUAUGGGAAAAGUUGGAGAAUAUCAUUAUACCAUAGCAGGUAAUGAGAAUUAUACCUUUAGGCAAAAACAUUUACCAUUAGUGCAAAGGAAGGCUUUUUUUGCUGACAGUGGUUUACCUUUGCAGAGUGCUUAAAUUUAGUAAUGUGUAAUUUGUAUUUUAUGUAAAUAAAAAGUAUUCCACAUUGGAGAA